CACGCACCCAAUAUAUUGCUCGGCGACCAAUAUUGGAUUGGCGGCAUGGGCAAGGCGCCGUGGUACUCGCUCCUCGCGUUCGACCUCGAUGGCACGCUCCUCAACAAGGCCGGCCACGUGAGCCCGCGCACUGCUGCGGCGAUCCGCGCCGUCGUUGCGACCGGCGCCAUCGUCUCGCUCUGCUCCGGGCGGUCGACCGCGUGCAUGGUGGAGGCGGCGCGCCAGCUCGGCCUCGACCACGGUGUGACGCUGGUGUCGUGCAAUGGCGCUGACGCUGGUGUCAUGCAAUGGCGCCGCGCCUUUGACCCGACCAACAAGCCGCUCAGCGUCCGCCACGUGCUUCGGGUGGCCGCCGAUAUGGACCGCUGCGUCAACGUGUACGACGAGGAGCGUGGGGUGAUCCACGCCAAGCCGACGCAUCCGCACCACUACGACCUCAUUGACGAGUACAGUAAGCGCACGGGCGGCGUCUACAACCUCGUCGACGAGUACGACACGACGGGCGUCCGGCCAUGCCAGCUCGCGGUCCUCGGGCGCGACGUCGAUGCGAUCCACGCUACGCUGACCGCCGAGGUGCCAAGUCUCACCUUCAACAAGUACUCGACGUUCGUCGAAUGCCUUCCAAGCCAAGUGCACAAGGGAGUCGGGCUCACGCGCCUCGCACAGCACCUCUCGAUACCUCUCACGCGCACGGUCGCGUUUGGCGACGGCUUGAACGACCUCGAGUUCGUCCAGACCGCCGGACUAGGUAUCGCGAUGGCCAACGGCGACGAUGCGGUCAAGCGAGCAGCGAACCGCGUCUCGCGCUACGACCACGACGCCGACGGUGUCGCCCAUGAGCUCGAGUGGCUGCUACGGACUGGCGUCGUCGGCGUGCCACCCGAAGUCGAGCUGCAUGCCACAGCCUCGAUCUAA